AUGUGCAGCGAGCAAUCCCGCGAGAACCUGCCGGCGGCCGGCGAGGGUUGGCUCAGCGAGAGCGAGAAGCGUCGGCGCGCCGUCGACGAGGUGCUCUACCGCGAGCAGGCGCCCGCGCCGCGUAUCGUGGCUGGGACGGCACGCCCCAUGGCUGCCGCGGAGAUGAGCAUGAUGCGGCGCGCCGUGAUGCAGGUUGACGCCGAUCGCGAGCGCAUGAUGCAGUGGAAGGACACGCGGGAGACCAAGCAGAUCCGACCUUCGCUCGACGCCCUGACCAAGCUGGCGGUCGACCGCGAGGAGGAGCGAAAUAUCGAAAUGGAGGAGGGGAGGAGAGCGGAAGUAUGGCUGGCGGAACAGGUGGAGAAGGCAAAGGCCAACUUGGCCAAGGGACCCGAGAUACCGGCGAACCCGCCCACGAGUGAACCCGCCGUCCCGGUGCCGUUUAUGUCUCGUCCCAUCGUGGACGGCCCGAGGCUCUCCCCCUCGGAUGCGCCCGCGCAGGAGAGGCUCGCGCUGCAGAGGCUUGCGCAGGGAAGUCUGGCGGCGACGAAGCUCGAGCAGGAGACGGAAGAAUACCAGCGGCUCUGCGUGGUCCUCAACGGCAGCAUCCCACAGCUGGGAGCCCCCUUCACCUUUGCCAGCAAGGAAGAGCGCGCCCGCGAGAAGGCCAACCUCACUGCCAGGCUCGAGGAAGAGACCGCAGUCAGGACACAGGGUCCCGCCAAGGAUGCAAAGACCACGCAACAUGAUCCGGCGCGGGCAGCGGCACGGCGGGCUCUCGAGAAGAGGGCCGCGGCUGAGAUUUCCGACUUCGAGGCUAGAGGCCUCAGGGGACAGCUGCAGCCGCAGGAGAUGAUCCCCGUGCUCCGUGAGCGGUUCCGCCGAGAGAGCCUCAGACGCACACCACAGUACAAUAUAGGCCUUCACGGUCACAUGGAACGGGCAUUGUCACGGGUGAAUCUCGCCGACUAUAGGCCGAGGGUUAGCACCUACGUGCACAAUGAGGAAGAGGAAGACAUUUACGGCCCGUCGUAG